GCUUACUGUGCAACAACUUGACGCCGGAAGCUCCUCCGCAUCUGAGAAGUCGCCAUCCCCAACAUUUGAAUCCCUCGGUUUAAUUGUCUGUCAAAUGCGAGGCACCGAGUUGCUCUGCCCGUGACAGGUGCUGCCCGCAGCUGUCACCAUGUUCCCGAGAGUGAUCCUGAAAGGAACCAUGAUCAAAAAAUCUCAACAGAAGAAAAGAACGUCGCCGUCAAAUUACAAAGAGAGAUUUUUUGUAUUGGACACGCAAGAUUUGAAAUAUUCUGAGCGCCGGCCGGGGAAAAGGCCCAUGCUGAAAGGCUGCAUUGAACUGUCCAGGAUUAAGUGUGUGGAGAUAGUGUGCGCUGAUGUCCCCAUACCAUGCAGCUACAAGUACCCUUUCCAGGUUUUCCAUGACAGCCACUACCUCUACAUAUUUGCCCCAGACAAUGACUGCCGCCAGAGAUGGGUUAGAGCUCUCAAAGAGGAAACAAAGCAUAACAACCUGGUCGCAAAAUACCACCCCAACUUUUGGAUGGAGGGAAGAUGGAGAUGUUGCCACCAAAGUGAGAAACUGGCGACAGGCUGUCGAAUAUACAAUCCAGAAGCUUGUGCAUCUAAAAAGCCACUUCCCCUGCUCCCGGAUCCAGAGACGGAGCUGCCGGAUCCGGGGCGUCAGAUGGUCAUCGCUCUGCAGGACUACACGCCGAUGGGAGACGAUGACUUGCCUCUACAGAAAGACCAGCAGUAUCUGCUGGUCAACGGCUCCCACUCUGACUGGUGGUCCGUGCAGAAUGACAAGGGGGACAUCGGUUUUGUGCCCAGUACGUAUGUGGCUGAAAAAAUUGGCAGCAAUUUUGACAGAUUUGAAUGGUACAACAAACACGUUAACAGAGGGGAAGCAGAGGAUUUGUUAAUGAAGGAGGGAAAAGAAGGGGCAUUCAUGGUCCGAGACUCGAGGCAGGCUGGAGUCUACACGGUGUCAGUUUUCACCAAAGCGCCGGGAUCCAAUGGAGAGAAGAAUCCGAGGGUGAAACAUUACCAAAUAAGACAGAGCGACGAUGGGCAGGGAGCAUUUUACUUGGCUGAGAAGUACCUGUUUUGCACCAUUCCUGAGCUCAUUCACUACCACCAACACAACGCCGCUGGUCUGAUCACGCGGCUGAGGCACCCCGUGUCUCAGGGAGCACGGUGCUCACUGGAAACGGCCGACCCUUCAGAAGGUUUGGGAAGCCAGAAGAUCGCCCAUCCUUUGCACUCCUCCUGCACGAACUGGCCUCCCUCUCAGACGUGACAAGCCACUGAGUUUAGAUGGUCUCAGACAAAGUUUUAUUUAUUUAUUUAUUGACUCCUCGCCUAAUUCUUGACAAGGUUUUCGCAGACGAAAUGAGGGGAGAUUGAAAAACACAAGAUCGGUUGUGGAUUUUGCACUUUAAACUCUAUAACUGUAACAUAUCCUGAGACGACUUACACAGUCACUUCCCACAGCCACUGCGACAUAAUGGUACAGGUUUUUUUUAACAUGUCUUCAUUAAAUAGAUAAUUGCUGAAUAGACUUUGCGGAAAAAUUGGUUAAUCAGAUAAUUUACAAGCUUGCGGCAAAGCAAGUUUUUUUAAACUUUCUUUAUUUUUUUUGUGCUAUACCACAAAAUUGGAGCCUCUCAAUUUACUGCUUGGCUUCCAAAUCGAAUAAAUCUCAACAGAUGUGCUAGUAUGCUGCAGCUGUUGUCCGGCUGUGCUGUACUGGUGUUCAGUUUUUCCAUUUCUCAUCAAAACACACAGCAACAUUCUCAAUGCUCUGAAUACAUUGCGUGUACAGGCAUAGAUUCUAUCCGUGUGACAUCAAACAAGGUAUCAUUGACCAUCAAUACAUGCCUUUGGCAUUAGCAACUAAUCAAAGCCACUUCAAAAAGGUCAACGAGCAAGCUGAAAACGUUCUACCUAUGGGACAUGUCUGCUCAAUUUAACACAUUUCUUUGGUCUGAAUUGAAGAAAACUCCAAAUGCAGCCUCGGUGAGAUGGUUUUGCUUUCCAUCUUUCUUUCUUUUUUUAACUGCAAGCUAUUAGGGCAGCUAGUGAAAGCAUAUUGUUGGCUACUUUAUAAAGAGCACUUACAGUGACAAUGUUUCACAACCAAAACACACAACUGACAUAAUGACGAUGAGGUGGAUCAAAAGUGAUUAUUCACUCCCCUCUGGAAGGGAAUUACAGUCACCCCACUAGAGGAGAGUGGUGUGCAGGUAUGGUGGUCAUAUUAGCCAUGUAGGUCUUAUUUUGAGCUUAUUUCAUUUCACAAUUUAUCAACAAAAAAAAAACAUAUUCAAUUCAAGAGCACUUGAUGACACUAGUAGUUGAAAAAAAACUAUAGAAUCAAUCAAAUAGAAAUUAAAUGAAAAAAUAUUGCUGCUCAUUUACAUAGGUGAAAAAAGAAGACCUGGCUCCUUAACCCCACUGGGGAGAUGUAGUGGCCAUUUUAUUGAGCAUCAAUUAGUUCAUGUAAACCUAAAUGAUACAAAGCAACACUGUGAAGACAACAAGACCAUUAUCCCUUUACAGUGAAAUGGGAGAUAGAGAAGAACAACUUUAGUUGUAAGUACUGCGGUUUAUGAUGGUUCGUCAAACUUUUACGUCAUGGGGGUUUUUCAUACAAUUUAAACUUUGGUUUUGUGGUAGUUUGUGAGGCCAUAUAUUGUGUUUUGUAUUGCUGCUCAUCUGACAUAUUUACCUACUUUUAGAGCCUGCUAUAGUGUGCAACAGCCAAAUACUUUAAAUAAAAUAAAUAAAUC